AUGGUUGGGCUUUCCAUGGCCAGUGGACCGCCAGUACCAGAGGCCAAUUGUGCCAUAUGUGGAGCGCCUCCAUUCCCCGAAUGCCCCCAUGAAGGCCAAAGCCUGGAGAAGGCGCUCAAUCAAGCCUUUGAGAGGUGGAGUGGAUGGCAGACCAUAAGAGACUGGGUUCUGAACCAUGCCCGAAAUCAGAUCAUCUCGACGUUCCACGCUCUGCGAGCCAUGAGAAUUGAGGCGCAUCACAAUUACCUUCAGACACUGCCCUACUACACCCUGUUCCACAAAUACAGCGGCCGACCACCCCUCCAGCCGGCACAGCUCCAGCUGAUCCACUCGCAAAUACAACAAGCGAAUAACAUCCUGCAGCAAGGCAUCGACCAGGAUUGGAGAACAUCAUGCUUGAGAUACCCAGAGGUACUGGACUAUUACUUCAGUCUGGUGAGGUAUGACUAUCCUAGCGACAAGGAAGAGGUGAUACAAGAUCCACGGUUUGGUCCACCGCCGGGAAGGCCAGCACGAGUGAAGGACAGUAGGCGGGACAGCGUGGAGCCGGUUGUGAAAGAUCAUCGCAAAAGAGACAGGCGGGGAAGCAGGGGCGGUAGGACACCACCUCCGGAGGCUCCCAUGCCUUACCGUGGUUAUCGAUAG